UGUCGAGGCUCGUGUGGUGUGCAGCAGUUUCGUGCCAUUGUCAUCGUCUUUGACGGGAAAGCGGGGAACGAUCUCUCGCGAAAUAGAUCGCGCGUAUGCACGUAUCGCACGAUAAUAACGCGCGUCGACAGAAGAAACUGCGUGCCAGUGUGCGCGGGUGCGUGUCCGAUCGGUGCGUGUAUGCGAGGGCAACCGCGUGCGGGCGGUUCCCACACGUCCGUGCAACAAGUGUCAUUACACGGGAGCGCGACCGAACAAAACCGUCUGUUUCGAGGUAACGUGAUAGAGAACCCGUGCAUGGUGCUCCAUUUUCCAUUACCCGGACAGAGAAAGGACCACCGGCGAGGAUGGGCUGCGCCGUAAGCACCACCGGCGAGAAAGAAGCCGCGGAGAGGUCCAAGAAGAUCGACAAGGAUCUCAGAGCCGAUGGCGAGCGGGCAGCCAGCGAGGUCAAACUCCUCCUGCUCGGAGCGGGAGAGUCCGGGAAAUCUACAAUAGUGAAACAAAUGAAAAUAAUACACGAAACUGGUUAUAGCAAAGAGGAAUGCGAACAGUAUAAACCUGUGGUAUAUAGUAACACGAUUCAAAGUUUAAUGACAAUAAUUAGAGCUAUGGGACAGCUUAGAAUCGAUUUUGCAGACCCCAAUAAAGCGGACAUAGCGCGCCAAUUCUUUACCCUAGCUUCUGCAGCAGAGGAGGGUGAGCUAACCGGGGAACUGGUGCUAUUAAUGAAACGAUUAUGGCAGGAUGCAGGAGUACAACUUUGUUUCACGCGUAGUAGAGAAUAUCAACUGAAUGACUCUGCGGCAUACUAUCUUAACGCUUUAGAUCGUAUAGCGCAACUUAAUUACAUCCCUACGCAACAAGAUGUUCUCAGAACGCGCGUUAAAACGACAGGAAUAGUAGAAACGCACUUUUCUUUUAAAGGUUUACAUUUUAAAAUGUUUGACGUCGGCGGUCAACGAUCGGAGAGAAAAAAAUGGAUACACUGCUUCGAAGGUGUUACCGCUAUUAUAUUUUGCGUCGCAUUGAGCGGUUACGACCUGGUUCUAGCGGAGGACGAAGAAAUGAACAGAAUGAUAGAGUCGAUGAAACUGUUCGAUUCUAUCUGCAAUAGUAAAUGGUUUGUCGAAACAUCGAUCAUUUUAUUCUUAAACAAAAAAGAUCUCUUCGAGGAGAAGAUCACGAGGAGCCCGUUGACUAUUUGUUUCCCAGAAUAUAAAGGUGCGAACACGUACGAGGAAUGCGCUUCCUACAUUCAAAUGAAAUUCGAGAACUUGAAUAAAAGGAAAGAUCAGAAACAAAUUUACACGCAUUUCACGUGCGCCACGGACACGUCUAAUAUACAGUUCGUAUUCGAUGCUGUAACCGAUGUCAUUAUCAAAAAUAACUUGAGCAAUUGCGGGUUAUUAAGUUAAACGGUUCUAUCGGAUCUGAAAGGAUAGAUAUCUCGGGUUUCUGAACCUAUGUGAAAGCACAAAGGAUACACGUGAGACUGAACAAUAAUUGUUAGAAACAUAAAUGUCCUGUGUCUAUUAACAUGUACGCGGGAAUCGCGUAAUGUUUUCACUUUGACAUCCUAUAGAUGUUCACAAUAUUUUUGUUUAGCGUUACGCAAUAAUUUACUAGGUCCCUAUACUUCUUAAUUAAAUAUUUUCUUCUACGUAAAACUUCAUGACAUUUUACUGCUAUAGGCUAGCUGUUAACUUAUUGGUCCGUUUCGAACAGUAAUUGAUAUUAAAUUGAAACGAUAAAAACAAUCCAAGAAUCGGAAAAUUUAUAUUUAGUAUUCUUU